AUGCAGGCCACUCAGAUUGGCAUUGCCCUGGCUGCAAAGGGGAUCUUGGAUAUCACCAUUGCUCCAGGUGGUGAUCCAGACCUUAAGCUUCUUUACAGGCCUUUCCUGGUCCCAGGCAACACGGGUCACCAGCAGCUCUACUGGGGUCACCUGCGGAAGUUCGGCCAGGGAUCCCGCUCCUGCCGCGGCUGCUCAAACCACCAUGGUCUGAUCCGGAAAUACUGGCUAAACAUGUGCCGCCAGUGUUUCCGGCAGUACGCGAAAGACAUCGGCUUCAUUAAGUUGGACUAAGCAACCUUGAAUGGAUUCUUCUAGACUCUACCCAGUGGAAAAGAUGAACGUCAGUCUUUGUACAUAAGAAUAAAACAAAGUGGACACCUAGCAGCAAGGAGUUCCGUUCCAGGCACCAGGAGAGACAUCUCUGGGGUGAGUGAGUUUCUGACCGCGGCAGCAGCCCGGGACAGGGGACUCAGACACCCCUCCUACACUUCCUGGUCAUCCUCAGGGGCUACUCUGCCCGAUACUUCCUCUCUCUUCCUAUCCCACCCAGCUUGCAUCCACAACCCUCCCCGCCCCCUCCGUCUGACUCCCUUCCCUCUUUGACCACAUAACAU